AUGAAGCGCCGUGGCGACGACCGGCGCAGCGCCGAGCGCGACAAGCGCCGCCGGACGCGGUCUCGGAGCCCGCAGCGGAGGCGAUCGCGUAGCCCGCCACGUAGACGGUCCCGCAGCCCGACACGGAACCGGCUGCAGAGCCCGCCACGGAGAUCAAGCCCGCCACGUCGACCAAGCCCGCCACCCGCAUCGCGCCAGACUGAGGCCGAGCGCAGUACGCCCGUGGAGGCGCGUCCAGCUGCAUCGGCCUCGACGCCGCCCGCGCCGCGUGAUGCUGCGCCGCGCUUGGAGAAGAAUCAAAUGUUUCAGCGCGAGACGGACCCGCACAAGCUCGCGCAGCGCCAGAAGCAGAUCGACUUUGGGAAGAACACGAUCGGGUACGAUCGGUACACCCAAUUAGUCCCAAGGAGCGAGCGCAAGCAAGGCUUGCACCCGUCGACGCCGGACAAGACGCAAGCGAUUAGCAAGCGCAUGUGGGAUGGGCGCGUGCGUGUAUGGCGCUCGGCGCUGCACUUUUGGGAUCCCGAGACGCCGGAGGUACCGGUAGCGCCGGCAGCGACCGUCCUUUCGGCACCACUGCCGACGGUCGUACCCACAACGGAGCCAUGCAAGCCCAAGGUCGGCGACGCAUCGCUGUUUGACGACUUCAAGGAUGAGACUGCUGCUCCCGUCGACGACAUGGACGAAGACGACUUGCUAUAAAGAUAAAGCACCACUAUAUGCAUUCGUUAUGAUAAGGAGGAGGA